ACAAAUUACAAUAUCAAGUUUUGCAGGUAAUGCGUAAACGCAGAGAAACGUGAAUAUUUUAUACACACCGUUUCUCUCCAAUUCGUCUUAUUCAUCUCUCUCCUUUACCAUACACGCAAUCCGCCGCCGAUCAUUCAUUGGAAGCGUCCGAUCACCGAACAACACAGGCAGAAUAUGUUUUCCGGAACGAGGUUUCGUGAUCAAUAUCCUUAGGGGCGGUUGCUGUCUGCAUAAGUUAAUCGAAGAUCUUUGUAAGAAUCUGUAUAUGAAGCCUAAUAGUUCAAACUUAGGGCACUCCUGUUGCUUCUGCCUGUUUCGGGCGACGACUCACCAUAUUAAACUUGCUCAUCUUCUUUUCUAAAAAUUAACUUGAAUGGGCACGGCUUAUGAAGAGAGAACUAUAUACAGGCACUUUUAUGGUCCAUUUGGAUCAUUGGUGAACAGAUGUCAUUUUGAUUUAUGGUGUUCCCUCCAAAGAUUAUUAGAUUGACCUGCUGCAGUGGCAGUAUUUAAUGCAUCAGCCUAUGAAUUGGGCAAGAAACACUCGAAAGUCGAAUGUAGGGACAUUAUUACCUGGUUUUGAGAGUGAGGCUCCAUUGCUCACCCACUGAGUUAUAUUGUAUACUUCCAAUAAUCAUUGAAUAUUACUAGUUGGCGUUUUGGGUGCUAUAUUUUUGGAUGACAACCAGUAUUAUUUUCAUUUCUUGAAGGCACAAAAUAUCAUAAAUGUCCCACUGGAAUGCUAGAUGUUCUAAAUCUCGUUUAUGGCAUUUAGAAUGUAUAGCAAUCUCCUACCUUUAGUGAUGAGGAGUAGCUGGAAUUGUCGUACAUACUAAGUUGGGUUGCAGUUUUGGAUGUGCUGAUCAUAUCCUUGGUCAAGAAAGAGUUAGGAUUCAGUGUCAUCUUCUCUUACAUUGACGUCAAGACUUAUAGUGAUUGGAUACUUGCUAUUCAAUGACGUCCCUAUAUUGCUGCUUGUCUCACAGCAGGCAUGACUUCCUUGAAUUUCAGAUGCUUACCGACAAUUAUAUUUGUGAUGUUUCUGUAUGAUCUACUGAUGCUUAAGCCAAUUUGGAAGUUAUUUGUUAUGAUCUUAUCAUCUUACUCAUGUGGUGGCUGAAAAUUAGAUAAGGUGGGUUGAACAAGGGUUUUCAUCUGCUGCAAAAAAGUAUAUUUAUCGACAGGUCCAUAAGCUAUGGGGCACAGAAACAUGUUCCAAAUUCUCGAUACUGAGGGUCAUCAGGGGCAGGAUCUCACUGAGCAACCAUUCUUGCUUAUGGGAAGGGCCGUUGCUUCUGAUAGCAAUUCUCUUGUUGAUCCAACUCAUCCUGGGCGGAACUUAAGUAUCAAUGGCGGAACCUUUCCUCCCCAGUGGACUCCUGCUGCUCCUAGGGCACGAAUAAACUCAUCAUCGAUUUCCCCUGCUGAAUUUCCAGGCCUUCAACAACAGGCUCCUGGUCCAUCUCGUGAUCCUUUUCUGCUCCAGCCUGCUGGUGGAAAUUUCCACAUGGUGCUGAAUAAUUAUUCUCGCCCUCCACCUUCUUUGAGUCUCAGUGGGCAGACUGUCCCUGGAGUACACGGUGGUUUUGUUAAUCCAGCAACAAUGGGCAGCAGCAGAGGACCACAUAAGCGGAAAAGUCCAAGCACCCCUCAGCUGCAUGACAGAGGUUCUACUAGCAGAUAUUACGAUGCUGGAAGCUCAUCAAAUUUGCUCUUACCUGCUGAUCCAUGGCAGGAAAAGCAGAACACAGGACCGUAUCAUAUGCCUCGGGAGUAUCAUCCGGGCUACAGAGUUAACGGCCUCUCUAUUGGUGGUGAAGGUACACAUCAGAAUGUGAGAAGUAGAACUGUAGUCGACCAGGAACCUGACCUGGCCCGAACACAUAUGCCAAGCAAUUCUAUGCAUCGUUCCUUCUCUAACCGACCCGCUGACCGAUCUACUACACUGGAUUAUUCGAGGCAGAGUUCAAACGUCUCCAUAACGGAUUGGAAUCAUUGUCUCGUAUCGCCUUCUGGCCACGGGGGGGCACGUGGUGUAGAUUCAAGUUCCUUUGGUCGCGGUCUGAACACCCUCAAUGCACUAAACAGUCAUGCUAAUGGCUCGGUGGACAGCGGUGGUUACAACAAUAAUGCUCCUAUCUCUCAAAAUAGUUAUGGUUAUUUGAAUCAACCUCGCGUAGAGGUCCAAACCAGUUACGACCAAAGUUCUACCCACACAUAUUGGGCUUCUUCAUCAGGCAACUUUUACCAAAGGCAGGUUGCUGUUUCUGGCGAAGGGCCGGCAAUGGCAGCAGACAGUUCCCCUCCUAGACAUUCGCAGGCCUUUUCUACCCCAGGGUUUCAUUAUAGUGAAAGGAAUGGUAGAACAAGUGACGGAUAUAUACCCGUUUCUGGUGAGUCAAGUGCACCCAAUCUAGCUGCACAUGAGCAUGAGGCUAUUAUGGCGGCGAGCUACUCUACGUAUUAUGGCUCGAGGGCCCCUUACGACCAGCACAGGGAGAUGAGGCUUGACACAGACAACAUGAGCUACGAGGAGCUGCUUGCACUGGGAGAGAGGAUCGGAAGUGUCAGCACAGGUUUGUCUGACGGCUCGGUGUCAAAGUGUCUGACUCAAUCCAUCUAUCGCUCGUCGAACCAAUCUCAAGACGGCGCGACGUGUGUCAUCUGUCUGGAGGAAUACAUGGAUAUGGAUGAAGUUGGGAGCUUGAAAUGUGGGCAUGAUUUUCAUGUGGGAUGCAUCAAGAAAUGGCUGUCAAUGAAGAACUUAUGCCCAAUCUGCAAGCAAUCUGCAGUUGAUGACAACAAACUAUCUUCAUGAAUUUGUUACUAUUUCAGGAAAUGUAAUUGGAAAUUAUUCCCCGCAAUGAGGGAAAUGGAUUACUUUUGAAACUACAAUGUGAUUAAUGUAAUUAUUGAACUAACA